AUGUCUUUAACAGAGGAAGUGCUAGCUGAUUUAAAAAAGAAAGUAAGAUGCAGAGAGACUCAAAUUGAACUUCUUAAUGCAUUUAUUUCUAAAGAGCUGGAAACACUGGUUCUGUCUUUAAUUGUUCAUGGUUACAAGUCAAUUGGCAAAACUUACACCAUUGAAAGAUAUUUAGAAAAGUUGGGAAUAAAGAAGACAAUAGUCAAGUGUGAUGAAUGUGUUACAAAAAAGCUUUUGCUUCAAAGAUGUUUAAAGCGAAUUCGAAUAGAUAGUGGUAUUGAUAUGUCUAAGUAUAAUCAACUAUUUAACUACAAAGGAAUUGAGGUGACCAAUGUUGGAAAGCUAUGUGAAACUUUUGCAAGUUUUGUUGUUGCAUUGGAGCAGUUUAUAGAAGAAACAAAUUAUGAAGAUCCUCAUGUUCUUUUAUUAGACAGAUUCGAUCAAUGUAUGGAUCCUACAAAUGAGUUAUUCCCUGGCUUUCUUAGGUUACAAGAGCAGUCUAAGAUUAAGAAUCUAACCGUGAUAUUCGUCAUAUCCAGUGAUGAGCCUAAGGAGAUAAGUACAAAUCCAGUUCCUCAUAUUUAUUUCACGCCAUAUACACAAGAUCAAAUAGUUGAAAUUUUACAAAAUAAUCAGUUCUGCUUCUUUGAGAAUGAGAUGUAUGAUAAUCAUUCAGGCGAAGAAUUUUGGAAGCAGUAUUCUAAAAUAAUUAUUGAUUCUUUUUUUGCAUAUACAGGUUCUAAUAUGAAUUUAAUAAUAGACAUCUGCUUUAAAUUAUGGUGGAGCUUCAUACGGCCGGUGGUCGAAGGAAGAUACAAACCGAGUGAAUUUCUCAGAAUAUAUAGAGAGAAUAAGGAUCUCUUCACUAACGAUUCAAUUAUAAAUAAUUCUUUGGUUCGUGAAUACGGUACCCUAAAUGAAGCCAAAUCUACGAACGCUACUAAUGUUGAUGAUUUACCCAUUCAUUCUAAGUUCAUACUUAUUGCAUCGUAUUUGGCAUCAUUUAAUGAACCUAAAAAUGAUUUAAAUAUAUUUUCUAGGAUUAAAGUUAAAGGAAAAAAGAGAAAAUCAAACAUGACCAAGAUUAGAAAGGGGGAAUUAUCGAAAGAUGAUAUCAAUACAAGGUUGCUUACACCAAAUUAUUUUGACUUAGAAAGAUUGCUAGCCAUCAUAUCGGUGAUCUACAGAAAUGAAUCAGAAUCAUUAAACAAGUCUAACGAAGACUUUUUGAAUUUUUAUGAUAAUAUUUCAGAAAGAGAGUUAGCAAAGAAGGAACAGGAGUUUGCAAAGUUUACUUUAAACUCAAAUAUAGACUUGAACAGUCAAAUAGCUACAUUAGUAUCGCUAGGUUUAUUGACAAGAACAACUGCAUUAGAUAUUUUAAGUUCUAAGAUAAGAUGGAAAUGUAAUAUUAGUUGGCCAAUGGUUGAAGGAAUUGCUAAAGAAAUCAAUUUUCCAUUGCACAAUUAUUUACUUGAUUAA